AUGUUCUUGGCAGGCCCGCUGCUCGCCGAGGCAUCACUCACAUGGCCGCCGCAUUCCAUAUACGACACCAUAGACGAACAUGGCACGGCCGGAGGUGGCGACCAGGACGGCCGGGGCCAAGUCAAAAACAGCAGGGUGAUCCACCUGCUCGGCCACUUCACUACCAUCUCGUGGUUCCUGCUCGGAUGUCACCUGUGCUCCUGGCCGGAGACCCUAGGUGCGCAAACCCCAGGGUACCGCACGCUGGCCGCAAGGUACACACCGGCCCCAUACCAUGGCGAUGAGACAAUGACACAGUUGUUCUGGCUGUCCUGGGGCGGCGUACUCGUCAUGAUGGCAGUAAUGUACUCACCACCUCUCCGGCGAAGCAGUCUCGACGAGCCUCUGCUGCAGCGCCUGUUCACGAACCGCUUUGCGGCAUACCUGGGCGAGAUCAGCUACUCUAUGUAUCUCUGCCACAGCAGUGUGAAUGAGAUUGUCGGCAUGCGGUAUAUGCGACCCGCCUGGUUCGCGUGGAUGGAGACGAACAGAGAGGCUGCGUCCCUGGUGCAUCAGAACCGGACUGAUGCCGCGGCGACAUUGAUGGACGCUGCGAAUACGAGAUUUUUGACAAGGUGGGCACUCGGCAUGUUUGUAAACACAUUGGUACUAUUUUGGGUCAGCGACCUAUUCAAUAGGGCCGUGGACGCAAGAUCUGUGAGGUUUACAAAGAAGAUCAGUGAAUGGGCAAGGAGGAGGUUUUAA